AUGAAAGUUUCCAAGUUGAUAGGAAAGAUGGUCAUCCUCAUCUCUGUGUUUUCGACCUGUUCUGGGCAAAAUCCAAUGACUGUAUUGUGCUCCAUAGACUGGUUCAUGGUCACUGUACACCCCUUCAUGUUGAACAAUGAAGUAUAUGUUCACUUUCAUGAGUUACACUUGGGCCUGGGCUGCCCUGCCAACCAUGUUCUGCCACAUAUGUACCAGUUCACCUACCGCAUUACGGAAUGUGGCAUUAGGGCCAAGGCUGCCUUGCAGGGCAUGGUUAUCUACAGCACCGAGAUACACUAUGCUUCAAAGGUUACCUCAUCUAAGCGCGUGAUCCCAGUGUCAUGUGCUGCCCCGCAGCGCUCCCCGUGGUUCAGUCCUCCCUACUCCGUGAAAGUAGCCAGCAAGAUAGGGACCACAACCCAGAAUGGUGAGACAUGCUACAAAGUGUCUAACAUGUCACAGUCCAGUGAAAGUCCCAACUGUGACUGCCCACCUUGUACCUUCAACAGAGAAGAGCAUACCCAGGCCCCACAUCACCAAGCAGAGGCUCAAGAGAGCCCUUCUGCUCAGUCAUCUUUCUUUGUAGAUACUUGUGAGGACUGGUCUCUUCACUCAGAUGAUCUGAUUGAGUCCAUGUGA